GUGGGGAAAGCAGGAGCAGGAGAGAAGGAGAGAAGCAGAAAAAGGUCAGCAGGAAAGAAAGGAGGCGGAGGGCGAAAGAGGGAAGAUGAGGCAGGACUGGAAGCCGGGAAGGCUGGGGGAAAGGUGAGGGAAGCGGUGCUAGCAGCCCCCGCUCAGGGGGAGAGCCUAAGGGCCGAUCCUCGGAGCCCUGCCCAGACAGCGCCUGGCCAGCUGAAACAUCUGAAGAAGAAAAAGCCAGCCUUCUUCCUGAAACUCAGCUCUGCAGCCUGAGCUAGUAACUCUUCAAUUUGUCCUCCUGUUUGCCUGUGAACUCCAUAUUUGGAAACCUUGGUGCCUGGGAACUCCAACUCUUCCACAGCUGCCAGUGCUUUGGGUAGAACCAUAUGGGACACUUCCUUCCCUAUGGAGUUUAGUCUGGCAGGAAAGGGCCAUCCCAAUCAACUUCCCAGGAUGGGGAUGUGGUAGGAUCCAUUUUAGAUAAACAGGUGGUGACCAUAUUAAAACACAAAAUGUUACAACAGGAAGGAACCUUAGAAGUCAUCUAGUCCAACUCUAUAGUUUUUCAGAUGAGGAAACUAAGUUCCUGAGAUAGCAAGUGACUUUUCUAUGAUGGCACAGGCAGCAAAGGGGCAGAUCUAGAAUGUGAAUUUAUGUCUUCUGACUAAUCAAUUAACCAACAAACAUUUGUUAUUUUCUUCUGGGUAUUAUGCAUUGAAGACAGAUUUGAAGAUGAAUUCUGGGUAACCACAGAACAUUCUGAUGGUGCCCGAUUUUCAGGCUACAUAGGUGACUUCUGGUUUUAUUUAGGCCAUCUGAAUCUAGUGUUGUAUCAAAAAACAAACAAACAAACAAACAAACAAGAACUAUGGAAGGUACUUCAGAAACUAAGAAAGUACUUGGAAGUACAGAUAGCCACAUAAUCAUAAAACCAGAAUCUUGAGUGAGCAUCUUGAUAUUGGUGUUACCACAUUAUGGCCGAAUGGUAAUAAAUUCAGAGUGAAUUCAUAAAGAUUUACUAUUUGCAGGAAACUAACUUUUAAAAAUAGACUUUUAUUGAUUUUUUUUAGAUUUAAAAUCACUAAAUUUCCCCUUAUAUUCCUUCCUCUCUCUACUCACAGAGAGUUAUGUCUACUAAUAAAGAAUUUAUUAGAAAAAAAUAGAGAAGAAGAAAAAAGAUUAUAACAAAAUUGAUUAACACACCAAAAAGGGAAAUAGCUUUUGACUCCAAAUUAGAAAUUCCUUUAGCAUAUUCUUCAAACCAUCAUUAGCUCAUAGGAGUUAUAUUCGGAAAUUGUCUCUUCCAACUUAUAACUUUAUGAAGAUGAAGAUGUACAUAUAAAUUGUAGAACCAUAGAUCCAGAGCUGGAAGAGACCUGAGAGGCUACCAGAUCCCGUUUUUUCAUUUUAUAGAUGAGGAAACUGAGGCACCAAGAGGUUUGACUUGUUCAGGGUCACACAGCUAGUAAGGAUCUGUGUUGAGAUGGUAAUCCAGCUCUUUCUGACACCAUGUUCAGUACUAUUAUGCGUUACUGCCUCUCAUAAUCUAAGAGUGGAAGAACUACUACUCACCUCUCAGGGUAGUGAUGAGGAAAUUGCUUUGUACAUUUGAAAGUGCUAGAAUAAUUGAUGAGCAUUUUUAAAAUUAACGAUCUCACCCAGUUCAACUGUCUCAUGUUGCCCAAAAAAGGGAAAAUGGUUUGUUUGAUAAAACAAAUAUAACAAAAUCCCGAGCCAUGAUUUGAACCCACAUGUAAAGACUUAAGUCCUGCGUCCUUUUUUCUACAUUAUGCUGGUGGAGGCAUGGUCUUUUCCCUUUGAUUUUUAACCCCUACCCCACAAAAGGGUGAAUCAGGCUACUGGGUCUAGGACCCCAGAAAAGUUUGUGAAAGUGAGAAACUAGUGGAAGGCUAGAACUCCUCAAAAAUGCCCCUCCAGAACCAAUCAACCGAAGACUCUGCAUGGACCCCUCCCAGCAAAGCCCUGAACUCAACUGAAAUAUCUGGAGCAUGGGAUGCACAAACGCUCCAAGCACUCAAGAUCUCCCUGGCUGUGAUUUUGGCCAUCAUAACUCUAGCUACCAUUCUCUCCAACACUUUUGUGAUCAUCACGAUAUUCCUUACUAGGAAGCUCCACACGCCCGCCAACUAUCUCAUCGGCUCCCUGGCGGUGACAGACCUCUUGGUGUCCGUUUUGGUAAUGCCCAUCAGCAUCGCUUACACCGUCACCCAGACUUGGACCUUUGGGCAGAUCAUGUGCGAUAUCUGGCUCUCCUCAGACAUCACCUGCUGCACCGCUUCCAUCCUCCAUCUCUGCGUCAUCGCAUUGGACCGAUAUUGGGCCAUCACCAACGCCCUGGAAUAUAGCAAGCGUCGAACCUUUGGCCGGGCAGCGGCCAUGAUCGCCAUGGUCUGGAUCAUCUCUGUGUGUAUCUCCAUGCCUCCGCUUUUCUGGAGGCAGGCCAAAGCUCACGGAGAGCUGGCUGACUGCUUGGUGAAUACCUCCCAGAUCUCCUACACCAUCUAUUCCACCUGUGGUGCUUUUUACAUCCCGUCUGUACUGCUCAUCAUUCUCUACGGCCGGAUCUAUGUCGCUGCUCGAACUCGGAUCCUGAAGCCACCUUCCCUAUACGGCAAGCAUUUCACCACUGCUCAUCUCAUCACUGGUUCUGCGGGCACCUCCUUGUGUUCCAUCAACUCCAGCCUUCAGGAGGGGCAGCCCCACACAGGGGACUCACCGCUUUUUAUCGGUCCUGUGAAAAUCAAGCUAGCCAGCAGCCUCCUGGAAAGGAAGAGGAUCUCAGCAGCCAGAGAAAGGAAGGCUACCAAGACACUGGGGAUUAUCCUGGGGGCUUUCAUCGUCUGCUGGCUGCCCUUCUUUGUCGUGUCUCUGGUCCUACCCAUCUGCCGAGACUCCUGCUGGUUCCACCCAGCCCUCUUUGAUUUUUUCACAUGGUUAGGCUAUUUAAAUUCUCUCAUUAACCCAAUAAUUUACACUUGGUUUAAUGAAGAAUUCAAACAAGCAUUCCAAAAACUAAUACGGUUCAAAAGAGGGUCUUAGUUUUAAUCUUUUUCUGCUUGCUGAUGAAUCCUGCUAUCAUAUGGUCAUUAAAAUCCAGACCGGAUAAAUUUCUUACAGUUUGUAAAUUAAAUCAUUCAGUCAAUAACUCAAAUGCCAAAUGUUUUUCCCUGUUGCUCCUCAAAAGUCAUGAGUUACUUCCCCCAUCUUAGACCUUGAAUAUUAUUAUAUUUUGUCCCUUUCUACUCAUGGUGUAUUUAGUUUGUAUAUAAUUUUUGUAUUUAUAUACCUAUGUCUAUUUCCUCCCAAUAGAUGUAAGCUCCUUGAGGGUAGGAACUGUUCUUGAUUUUGUCUUUUGUAUCCCUGGCGCUGAGCUAAUUCUUGCAGUAUUGAAUUCAAUGUAACAUUGUAUAUUAUAGAUGUGUUUUUGUUUUCUCCCCCUAUUAGACUGAGCUCCAUGAAUACAGGGGCCAUGUCUUCUUUAAACUUUGUAUCUUCCUUAAGUGUACAGUGCAGUGUUCUAUACAUAGUAGCUAUUUAAUAACUCUUUAUGGAAUUGAACCAAUAUUUGCAAAAUCCCUAGUUCUAAUAGGCACUGCUGAGGAUGCAAGCAUAAGACAUAGUCCUUAUUCAUAAGGUCUUACAAUGUAAAAGGAGAUAAGACUUUUAUACAGUUAAGUAGGAAUUGUUGUUGUUUGUCCUUGAAGAGGACCCUGACAUCAGGGAGGUGAUGCUAUGACAUGCAAGUGAAUUGACUUUAAGUGUGGGAGGACUGUGCAAGGGCACCUGUUUCACUUUGCCCUCCAGAGCCAUCUGGGUCCAGGGGCCAGACAGAUCAGGACAACUGGAGAUGGUCCUGGAUGCAGUGGGAGACCUUGGUCUUUUUAAACUAAGGUCUUCAACAGGUCUCAGUUUGACUGAGGCAAUACCCAUUCAGUGGUUAAGGCUAAGUAGCAAUUGAAGCCAAGAAUCUCCUUUUUCAUCUAGUCAAAAAAAAUCUAAAUAAAUAAAUCUGAGAGGGGAAGACCCUCAGGGUUUCUGGUCAAAGCAGAAAUGAUUGUUAUUUACAUUCAAUCUGAGUCAAUCAAGACCCAAAUAUUAAAUGCAUAAGAGGAAGAAGAAAUGAAAACAUGACAGAAAUGUUCUUUCCCCCACUCCCCUGGGGACUUGGAUAUACCCAGAGCACUGCUCUAGGUUUACGCUUCCUAAUGUCUUCAAUGUUCUUGAACUACCUGGAAUCCCAUGACUGUAAAUGAGCAGAAACAUAAUUAAACUUUGUCCAACAGAGGAGCUGGCAGAGAUUCAGCUGACCCAAGGCUUCUGCCUGGGGAGAGUUCAAGAGAGAAAGCCUCUGAUCCAUGGGAGAAGACCUAGCCCAUUGAGAAGAUUCAUCCAGAAAAGAUCUUCUUGUCUGUGGUACAUUUAUUUCAAAACAAAUGAAAAAGGGAAUCCAUUGACUUGGAUCCAGGGAAUCUAAAAUCAAGAGGAACCCUUGAUUUGGAUUCAGGGAAUCUAUAAUCAAGGGAACCCAUUGACUUCAUUCCAUUGAUGAUUUCCUGAGUCUACAGAGAAUCUGAAGACAGGAUGGUCAAGGCAAUUAGUUCAAUCUGGAGAUUUUAGAUCUGGUUUUGUUCACAUCAGGAGCAUUACAAAGUCCAGAAGACACCUAGGACAAGAACCUAGAAUUCCAAAGACUGGAAUAUUGGCAUGGAUUCUAGAAUACAAAGUCUUAUCAGACUUGGAAGGGAUCUCAGAGAUUCUCUAGUCCAACUUUCUUGUUUUAUGUGAAGCCAGGUGCAUGUUAAUGUAGGGGUAUGUUGUGUACAUUGGGAGAAAUACUAGAACUGAAAGGUGUACUUGGAGACCAUGACACAAACCCACAUAUUGUAGAGCUGUCUUGUUUUUCUUUUUCUCCAGGUUCAAAGGCAAUCUAGUGGAUCUGAUUUGGAAUAUUUUUAGAGACCACUAGAUGAUGCAAAACUCUCUCAGAAACUGAGACUUGGGGGGGCAGGUAAUUUGCCCAUAAUCAAGUGCAGAGGUACCAUUUCUUUUGGCACCAUGGUAUAAACAGAACCUCCCUGAUUGUGCUUCUCUUGAGAUGGAUCUCCUAACACACCUUUUGGAGGAAGGAAAAAUGCUAAGCCUUUUUUUUUGGUGCUUGAGAUACAUAGAAAUCUGGAGGUGGACCCAAAAAGAUCAGGCAAGGAUCUUCUUAUACCCUGUCAUACAUCUUGCUUUAUAUGAGCACUGAUGACAGCCAUCAUUGCCUCUGGAAAUAGUGGAGUGAGGUAUUGGGAUUCCACUACAAUAACAGAAAAGAAGAUAAGCACAUAAUGAGGGAAAGCUGCCAUUUAGUUCCUAGAUCAGAGAUUCAUAAAAAUAACUUUCUCUCUUCCUUUGAAACUAAAUUCUGUUCUCAACUCCUGUGUAGAUGACUUGAGCCUCCACUUAAUGCUGCUUCCCUCCACAUGACAAUUCCCCUGUUUUUGGCUCUCUUGCUGGAAUGCCAAUGUGUUGUGUGUCUUGACUUCUGAUUUGUGGGGAUGUUCUCAUGUAUCUGUGCUUGUGCUGCUUGUCCUAGACAUAAUGAUUAAAGCACUCUCUUGGACAGUGCCAGCUGACUGGCCAGGAGAUCUUUCUUAGUAUUCUCCAGCAGCUCUCUUGCUUACUAUAGCAAUGUUACAAUCUGUGUUCCUCCCAUGAAAAGUGUAUAUAACCCCAAAAGGAUCGAACAUUAAAUGGGUAAUAAGAAGGGAGCAUUGUACAAAAUUAUUUUUAUACCAUUGACUGUCUGGCUUCUAAGAGAUGAAGUCUUCUACAAUAAAAAAGCAUGUGAAAUUAUCAA